UCUCUCACGCUCCUUUGUUCCUCACUCGCUUUGCUUCUCCCACUCGCCUGCUUCGUGUUCUCCUUUGCUUUGCUCUUUUGACGUUAGAAUUUUGCCUUCUCCCCCCAUUUUGUCCCUCUCUGGGUGGCCGGGAAAAUGCAGGAUGACCUCUGAGCAAUCCCUCAAGGCUUGAAAUUUCUUAAAUUUCAUGCUUUCUUAGUUCGAAUUCUCAGGUGUUAAGGUAGAUUAUGUAGUGGAAAGAUUUUAGUUUCCAGUUUCAUGGGAGCCAAUGGUGGGAUAGUUGCUUUUGAGUGUGUUAGUGAAUCCGAAUGUGGCUAACUUGAGGAUGGAUUUGCAAGAGAAUCAGGUUAGUGAUGCAGGGGAUGAAUGUAUGGUUGACAUUAUGGUUGAGUCGAAUAGCAACAGAGAUGUAGGAAUUGUUGAUGAUCUCAAAGCUGGAGGAGAUCUUGGCUUUAGUGGUGUUCUGGAUCUUGAGCCACGAAAUGGUAUAGACUUUGAAUCUAAUGAUGCAGCGUAUCUGUUUUAUCAAGAAUAUGCUAAAUCUAUGGGUUUUACUACGUCGAUUAAAAACAGCCGACGCUCUAAGAAGACUAAAGAGUUCAUUGAUGCCAAGUUUGCUUGUUCUAGAUAUGGUGUGACUCCUGAGUCUGAGAGUGGUAGUAGUAGUCGAAGAUCGAGUGUGAAGAAAACAGAUUGCAAGGCAAGUAUGCAUGUGAAGAGAAGAGCCGAUGGGAAAUGGAUAAUUCAUGAGUUUAUAAAGGAUCAUAAUCAUGAGCUUUUACCUGCCCUUGCUUAUCAUUUCCGGAUUCAGAGGAAUGUCAAGUUAGCUGAGAAGAACAACAUUGAUAUUUUGCACGCUGUUAGUGAACGAACCAGGAAAAUGUAUGUUGAGAUGUCCAGACAGUCUGGGGGUUAUAAGAAUAUCGGGCCUCUUCUUCAGAACGAUGGCAACAAUCACGUUGAUAAGGGUCGCAUCCCACCUCGUUAUAUUUUGAAAAGGUGGACAAAAGAUGCUAAGAGUGGAGUAAUGGCUGGUGAAGGAGCAGACCAGAUACAAACCAGAGUUCAGCGUUAUAACGAUUUGUGUAGUCGAGCCAUCGAAUUAAGCGAGGAAGGUUGUGUGUCAGAAGAAAACUACAGCAUCGUAUUGCGCACACUAGUCGAGACCCUGAAAAAUUGUGUCGAUCUGAAUAAUGCCAGAAACAACAUUGCUGAGUCUAGUUGUCAGCUUAAUAAUGGUGCUCGCGAAGAAGAAAAUCAGUUAAUGGCAGUAAAAGCAACAAAAAAGAAGACUGUUAUCAGGAAAAGAAAGGGACAACAAGAAGCUGACCAAAUGCUUGAAUCUCAACAGAGCUUGCAACCAAUGGAAACUAUGAGUUCAGAGGGAAUGAGCAUGAAUGGUUACUAUGGUCCUCAACAGAACGUUCAAGGAUUGUUAAAUUUAAUGGAGCCACCUCACGAAGGUUACUAUGUUAAUCAAAGAACCAUCCAAGGCCUGGGACAACUGAAUUCUAUAGCACCGGUGCAGGACAGCUUCUUCACAAAUCAGCAAGCCAUGCCUGGGCUGGGCCAAAUGGAUUUCAGGCCACCUCCCAAUUUCACUUACAAUUUACAGGAAGAGCAUUUGAGAUCUGCCCAAUUGCCUGGUAGUUCAUCAAGACAGCUAUAGUAACACGUCUGAUUAGUUUGGAAACAUUUUUGCAAGAAGCUGUUUUCAAACAUUAGGAUAACUCCAUAUUCCUCCAUGGAGUUUUGAGUUGCAAUGACAAGAUGAAAUCGUUUAGAUUUGGUUUUCUGUACAUUGUGGGGAUAUUGGCUGGUCUGAUUUGGGAUCACGUAGAACUAUGUAGCCUUGUAACACUUUUAUCUUAAAAAGAUACGCAAGUCUCCUUUUGUA